CAAAUAAUAUUCUCAUCAUAAACCAUAUCCUGCAAAUAUUGUAAAGUAUUUGUUUACACUGGGUGAGGCAGUGAGAGGCCAAUUGGUUAUGUGAAAAUCAUAAAGGCUGAAGAAAUUAGGCAUACGGUCUUUCUUUCGAUAACAUCCAAAAUGCCUUGAAUACAGAACAUAAUAACCAUAUAUACGACUCAAGAGUACCACACACACCCUUAGCUUUAUUUGCAAUGGAUUUAAAUUGCUCCUUUAACAAAUGUUCAAAGUCUAAAUUCUUAAAUGAACUUCAAAAGUAGAAUUUUAGUCAGGUAUUUAUUUCACAAUGAACACAAUGUUAAUUUUUUAAAAACUCGAUUUGGACUCUUCAAACAAUUAAUAUACAGUAUUUGCAAAAUAUAAGACCAUUUCCCGGAAGUUCCGUCAGGCUAAACGGAAGUAGGUACGUGGCCGCUUCAGCUGACAGUCUGCAUGAUGGCCACCGAGGUUCACAGCGGCUACCUCGACAGCGCUCCUUCCAGCCGUCUCGAAGUCUCCGUUGACGGCCUCACGCUCAGCCCGGACUCGGAGGUCGAGCAGGGCCAGCCGGAGGAGCCGCCGCCACCGUCGCGACCGGACGCCGCCGCGGAGCCCGACGUCCAAACACCGGCCACCCUUGAGGCUAACAACGACGGCGGCGAUGGGGAGUCUGACAAAUCGUCCGCAGAGAACAAAUGGGGCUUUCCUCUUCAAGAGCUGUACGGAAUGGCCCUUAAGUUCUUCAAAGAUAAGGACGGCAAAGCCUUCCACCCGACCUACGAGGAGAAGCUGCGGCUGGUGGCGCUGCACAAACAGGUGCUGCUGGGCCCUUACAACCCCGACGCGUCCCCUGAGGUGGGCUUUUUUGAUGUGCUGGGCAACGACCGCAGAAAGGAGUGGGCCUCCCUGGGUAACAUGGAGAAGGAGGAGGCCAUGGUGGAGUUUGUGCGGCUGCUCAACAAGUGUUGUAACCUCUUUGCGCCAUACGCCACGUCACACAAGAUAGAGAGGGAGGAGCAAGACAGAAAAAGGAGAGAGGAAGAGGAGCGUCAGCGGCGGGAGGAGGAGGAGCGGGAGCGGCAGAGGCAGGAGGAAGAGAGACGCAGGCUGGAGGAGGAAGAGAGGCAGCGGCGGGAGGAAGAGGAACGGAGACAGGCGGAGGAAGAGAGGCUACGGGUGGAGCAGCAGAAGCAGCAGAUCAUGGCCGCCCUGAACGCCCAGACGGCGGUGCAGUUCCAGCAGUAUGCUGCCCAGCAGUACCCCAACAGCCCCGAACAGCAGAUGGGCCUCAUCCGGCAGCUCCAGGAGCAGCACUACCAGCAGUACAUGCAGCAGCUCUACCAGGUCCAACUGGCCCAGCAGCAGGCGGCCUUGCAGAAGCAGCAGCAGCAACAGCACGCCGACUCCAUGGCGCAUGGCCACCAGGAAGCCGACGGUUGUUGCAGUGGCGAGCACCCGGCCGGCUUGCCAGCGGGACCCUUGUAUGGGGCGGCGGCUCUGCCGGCUUCGGGCCAGAACAUGCCCACCGUCAAUGGCGGCGACACUUACCUGGACAACACGGUGCGGGCGCUUGAGCCCGAGUCGGCGGAGGAGGUGUCAGAGAACGGGCCGCUAUUUGCAGCCGACUCUCCACCCGUUAUCGCCGCUCCCUCCAUGUGGACGCGGCCACAAAUCAAAGACUUCAAAGAGAAGAUCCGUCAGGACGCCGACAGCGUGAUCACGGUCGGGCGCGGCGAGGUCGUGACAGUGCGCGUGCCCACGCACGAAGAGGGCUCCUACCUCUUCUGGGAGUUCGCCACGGACUAUUACGACAUCGGCUUCGGGGUCUUCUUCGAGUGGACGGAUGCGGCGUCCUCCUCGGUCAGCGUGCACGUGUCUGAGUCGAGUGACGAGGAUGACGACGACGAAGGUGAGCCGGCCAGCGAGGAGGAGAAGGCCAAGAAGGAGGCGAGCAAGCCUCAGGUGGACGAGAUAGUGCCGGUGUACCGGCGGGACUGUCAUGAGGAGGUAUACGCCGGAAGCCACCAGUACCCCGGCCGCGGCGUCUACCUGCUCAAGUUCGACAACUCUUACUCACUGUGGCGCUCCAAGAGUGUUUACUACAGAGUCUACUACACCAGAUAAGCCUGAAGACAAACCUGGGGGGUGGGGGUUGGGGGGG